AUGGCCAAAGUGUCCCACAUGGUCAUGGAAGAGGUGAACAGCAUUCAAGAGAACCUGGACAUAGAGAGGACAUGCAGACAUAGUGUGGAAACCCUGGCCUCCAAGUUGUACCGGCAGAACCGCUCCUUAACGAGGAAGAGAAUGUUGUACCUGGCCCACCUAGGGCCAGGGACCAUCGCUGAGAUCAGCCUGGAGGAUGAAGACAGGGAGAAGGAGAAGAGUGGGGAGCGACGGGUAGAAAAAGCAAGCCACCAUUGAUCUUGAGGUUAUAAGAGCGGAACUAAGGGACAUCAGAG